UAUUAAUAUAAAUGGGACUCAAAGAUAAGUUGGAAGACCAAAAACAAAAACUCUCACAAGAAUUCCAAUCCUUCAAAAAUGAUGAGCAAGUUAAGCAGAAGAUGAGUGAAGCCCUUGAUAAAGUUUAACAGAAUGUGGGAAAGGCCAAACAGCAAUGGGAAUCUCAAAAAGAUAAGAUCAAUGAAGUCUCUGUCAAGAAGAAACAAGAUCUUAUCCAGAAAGCAAAAGAAACUCGCAAAGACUUUAUCGAGAAAGCUGGUAUUGAGAGUGGAGAUAGAUCAUCAUUUGAAAUUGGAAAAGAACUCAAAAAUAACUUCCAAGAGAAAAAUGCUGAAAGAAAGCAAAUGGCUAUUGAUAACUUCAAAUACUAUGGGCUAUUUGGGUGUACUUUUGUAACACUUCUCACUACAAGAAGGAUCCCUCAUACUGUUCUAGCUUUCGAUUUGACAGGUGCUUUCUUAUACCCAGAGUACUACAAAGACUAUUUCAAGAAGAAUUAAGAGACCACUAGAUGCUUCAAUCAUUCAUAUUUA